AGAGCGAACAUCACCAUCAGUCUGCACGUCCCGACCAGCAACUUAACUUCUUUGUUAGCCAUUUAUGUAGCGAGGCAACCUGUGCAAAGCUAGACUUCAGACGUAUCACAAGGAGAGAUGUAUCAACUCCCAGUGAAUAACCUUACAAGAAUCAGGAGAGCAAGAAAACAAGUGAAAAAAGCACUUGGAGACAUUGGCCUGGAGUAUUGCAAGGAGGCAGCAGAGGAGUUCAAAGAGUUUUGCCCUAAUGAGCAAUUUGUAAAGGGUACUCUUUGCCUUGAUAUCUGCGCAUGGGAUCCAACAUACUCUAAAACGCAGGAAUACAGAUCAAAGCCAUUUUGCUGCACAGAGUGCCCAUUUUCUUCAAAGUACUACUCAGGCUACAAGAAUCACUUCCGUAAUGUACACAGGAAAAUCUUUGAGAGUAAAAUUCUGCUCAACUGUCCAUACUGCACAUUCACUGCAAGCAAGAGAACUUUGGAGACGCAUGUUAAAAUAUUCCAUAUACCCAGUACAACACGGCAGAACUAUGGGAGCUCACAAAGAACUGCACUGCGAAAGAAGGACAAAACAUAUCUGGAUAGAGCCAGACAGGCAGACGGUGUGGAGAGAGCGAUGUACUUUUGCAAAAAAUGCACGUUCCGGGACAGUCUCUACAACGUUGUAAGAAGGCACAUCUACAGGGAACAUUUUCAGCAUAUUGUCUCACCAUAUCUUGGUAUGGUUUCUGAAUCUUCUGUCAAAAAUGGUGCUAAUUCUGUCAAUGGUAACAACAUCCUCUGUAAACGCUGCCAGUUUUCCACUCGUAGCUACGAGGCUCUAGUACAGCAUGUUAUAGAGUACCACGAACGCAUUGGUGCUCAAGUAACCACCAUGAUUGGACAUGCUAAUAUUGUUGUUUCCAGGUCUCAAACCUUACCCGUUGCACCUCUGAUCGUUAGUAGGGGCAACCCACUUAGAUCUGAGCCGACAGCACAACCAGUGAUUGGCUAUUUAAAGCCAGCAGUCCCCGUGGUGAAAAAUCAGUCCCCCAUCGUAGCCAAUCAGGUGCGUGUGACAGUUCCUGGCAACAGCACUGUGGCUGAAAAUAAUGCCACUGGUGUAUGCACAGCCCAGACACAGAAGUGGAAGAUAUGUACAGUUUGCAAUGAGCUUUUUCCUGAAAACCUCUAUAGUGCUCAUUUUGAGAGUGCGCACAAGGCAAAGAAAGUGUGGGCACUGGCCAAAUACAUCAUGAAAAUCCACAACUUCACCAGCAAGUGUUUGCUUUGCAACCGAUAUCUGCCCAGUGACACACUGCUUAACCACAUGCUAAUCCAUGGGCUCACCUGUCCACAGUGCCACUCUGCUUUCCACAAUGUUGAAAAAAUCAUGGAGCAUGUGGCUCAGGCUCAUCCUGAUGACUUUGUUGGACCCCCUGGAGCAACACCACUAACCUUUGAUCUCACCAUUAAACAAGAUAAGUCCAGUAAUGUUCAGCUUGUUGUUCUCACUUUUAACAUGAAGGAAUCUAUCAAUGGUCAAGAUCAGUCAGGACCUGCUCAGAAUACUGUUCCACCUCUGGUCAAGCUUACCGCUCCAACAAUGAUUGAGAAGAAAAGUGAACCCCUUACUAGAAGUUUCCCUUCAACGACGAACAAGAGUGAGGUAGGGAAGACGCUGUGUCCACUGUGUUUCACCAUCCUCAAAGGUCCCAUCUCUGAUGCUUUGGCCAUGCAUCUGAGGGAGCGACACCAAGUGCUCCAAACAAUGCAUCCUGUUGAAAAAAAGAUGACAUACAAGUGCAUUCAUUGCUUAGGAGUGUACACCAGUAACAUGGUUGCCUCCACAAUAACACUGCAUCUCGUGCAGUGCAGAGCUGUUGGUAGGAAUCAGGCAAGCCAAGGCUUCAAGUCUGCCUUGACUCUCAACUCGUCCGGGGCUGGCUUCCUCAAGAGGCAGCCUCCAAUACAGGCCACAUCCAGCCCUAAGAGAAUAAAACUGAGCAAGGAGUCAAAGAUUUCCCCCACUACCGCCAUUGGAAAUCAGGCUGAAUCAGAUGGCCUUGCUUUGGAUCCGAGAAACUAUGAGCACAAGACAUACGAGGCCAGGAAAGAUUUCCUGACGGCCUACUUCAACCGGCGACCAUACCUUUCUCCUCAGGAAGAGGAAAAGCUAUCUGCAAGUCUGUGGCUGUGGAAAUCUGACAUUUCUAGUCACUUUGCAAACAAGCAAAUGAUGUGUGAGAGACAGUGUGAGACCAAGAAGUUGUCUGUGCUGCUCGGCUUUGACAUGCACGCUCUCAAGAAAGUUAAGCAUGAGUUGAUCUUUCAGGAGAGCAGGGUUGAGGGCUCCUCAGUGGGGAGAACUGGAGGCCUCAAGUCUGGCACUCCAAACACAGACCAAAACAAGCAGUUUGAGACACUAAACUGUACCUUAAAACUCAGUACAUGCACAGAGACCAUUUCUGUUGAUUCAAACAGUGAACCAGAAACAGAAGAUAGACCUACUGAGAAUGGAAGUGUUGAGACAAAUCAAUGCGAGAAUGUAAAAUCCCAGGAGCCAGCAAAGCUGACAGAUGAGACAGUAUCUGUGAAGACGGACGAUCCUUCUAGAGAGAAGGAGAGCUCUUUGCAUGAUGGGAAAACAAAUGCUUGGAUGACUUUCUGUUAGUGUCCUUGCUUGGUGUUGGGCCUUGGUUGAGUAACAGUUCAGUUUUAAAAGGAGUGUAUUAACUAUGAUGAGGGUAAAAAAACAGGUCUACAGACAGUUACAAAUCACAAAUAUUUGGUCUAAUGGCAUGGGUGACUAAAACUCUUAUUUCCACACUUUGACCUUGUUACCAGUGUUGGAAAGAAGGAAAGAAGAUACGUUAUAAUGCAUAAAUAUAUGACAUAUGUAAGUGACAUUGUAUAUAUUUUAGCCAUUGUUCUUUGUUAGUCUCUUCAUAAAAUCUGUUAUUCACUGGAUAACGGUCACAAGAUUUAUGAUUAUGCCAAUUUACCUACUUCCAUAGUUUUUUUUGUUCCUCAAUUGUGACAAAGAACUGUGUCAUGUUGUCAUUUCACAUUUAGAAAGUGUAGGAUAUGCUACUUGCUUAUGUACAUGUUUUAAUAAAUAUGUUUGUUUAAUAAA